AUGGCGUACUCGACGUGCUGCAGGGUGGCCAUGGUCUCCUGCCUGGUGCUCUGCGUCUCCCUCCUCCUGCCGAGGACCUUCUUGUCUCGGGGCGGCGGGAGGCAGGAGCCCGGGGCUGCGCCGCUCGCAGCGCCCGCGCCGCCCGAGGGGAAGCUGGGGCGCUUUCCACCAAGGAUGCAUUACCAGGCCACUCCCAACAGUCCAGCUGCCCCUCACUUUCCAAGGUCUCACCUUGCUGAAGCAGUUGCCAAAGCCAAGGCAGGUGGUGGUGGUAGUGGAAGUACUGGUGGAACUGGGAGAGGUCUUGUGGGGCAGAUUAUCCCUAUAUAUGGAUUUGGCAUCUUCUUAUAUAUCUUGUACAUUCUAUUCAAGCUGGCUUCCAAGGGAAAAACUACUGCUGGAGAGCGGAAAUGCCCUACUGCUGCACCUGGAAAUGCGAAGAGGAAAAUCACUGAUUAUGAGCUCAAUCAACUCCAGGAAAAACUGAGAGAGACAGAAGAGGCUAUGGAAAAAUUAAUCAACAGAGUGGGACCUAACUGUGACAGCAGAGCUCAAAAUGUUACAACAGACCAGGAGAAAAGGUUACUUCAGCAGCUUCGAGAAAUUACUAGAGUUAUGAAAGAAGGCAAAUUCAUAGAUGGCAUCUCUCCUGAGAAGGAAGCUGAAGAAGCUCCUUACAUGGAGGACUGGGAAGGUUAUCCAGAAGAGACCUACCCCGUCUAUGAUAAUUCUGAUUGCUUCAAGCGCAAGCAGGAUACCAUCCUUGUAGAUUACCCCGACCUGAGCCAGCCCUCUGCAGAAGAGCUGGCAGAAAGAAUGGAGGGCAUAGAAGAGGAGUAUCUGUGCAAUGAAGGCCUGCUUUCUGAUCUCACCAGGGGAAGAGUCAGUCAUGAUUUAACGCAGAAAAAGGAUGAGGUAACUGGCAACAGUGAAGAGGAGAGGGACCUUCGGCACAGCCAAAGCUCUGAGGAGUGCUGCUGUUGUUAUGAGGAUGAUGAUCCUGCUGUCCUAGCAGAGAAUGCUGGAUUGCACUCUGAAAGCUGCAGUGAAGCAGAAGAGUCAGCCCAAGAGGAUCUGUCUUUGGAGUCAGAAAAUGAAAAUGCAGCACUGAGAAAGCAGCAAGCCAGUGAUUCAGAUGAAACAGGCACGCUGAGAAAACGCAACAUGAAAGCACUUGGGUGGUAG